CCCACAUCUUUUCUUUAUUUGAAGCGAAUAUUUUCUAAUGUGGACUUUUUUUCCUAUUUACUGAAGUCAAUGCUCGUUUUAAAUUUGGCACGAGGCCAAAUAAACAGAUCAACAUUGACAUUUCUGCUGGUUUCAUGAUUGUUAUAUCGACCAAGGGCAUGUACACAGCACGUGCACGGUUUAGAUUUGUAAAAUCAUAAAUUAAUGAGUAGAUAAAAUAAGUGCACGUGAAAUUAUUUAGUUUGGACUGCCUCCUUUUUACAAACGGAACUCCAAACAUGGGUCAACUCGCCAGUUGGAUAGUUGACCCUCGGCCAUCAAUGGACUGGGAUAAUAGCUACCAGAAGACACCAAGUCAGGAGUUAGACCACCAGUAUUCUCCGUCAAAAUGGUCGAAGCGAAUGGAAGCUGAUGUCAUAGUUGCUGAACAUGCACAGGUUAUAGGGAUCGAAAGUGAACAUGCCAAACGAGAUGUGGAUUGUCAACUAGACAUUCCGUAUGGAAAGAAACCCAAACAGAAAUUAGAUAUACUAGGAGCCAAAUCCUUACCACCAGAUGCACCUAUCUUUGUUUACAUUCACGGUGGAUACUGGCAAUUUUUAGAGAGAGAGAAGUCUAGCUUCAUGGCAGCCCCCCUGGUAAAGGCUGGUGCUGUGGUAGUACCUAUUGGAUAUGAGUACGCCCCUGAAGCAAAUAUGGAUGAAAUAGUGGCCCAGAUCAAGGUUGCAGUGACCUAUAUUAUCAAAUGGGCAAAUCAGCGGGGUUCAAGAGGCGUGUAUCUUUGUGGUCACUCCGCAGGGGCCCACCUAGCGGCCAUGAUGCUCAGCGUUGAUUGGAUGACAGAGUGUGAUCUAACCACAGACAUAAUUAAAGGUGCCAUCCUUGUGUCAGGUGUGUUUGAUAUCCGUCCAAUAGUCUACACCUACGUCAACGACCCCAUAAAAAUGACAAGUGAAUCUGCCUGGAACAACAGUCCUUGUAAACAUGUAGAGGCCAUCGCCCACCUCAGUCGCCAUAGAAACAUACUAAUAGCAGUAGGAGAGUUUGACUCACCAUCAUUUAUAAAGCAGAGCCAACAAUUUGAAAAGGCAUUAGAUAGCCGUGGAUUAUCAACAAGAUAUUUGAUGAUUGAAGGCCUGGACCAUUUCAACAUUAUCGAAAAUCUUCGAUUUGAUGAUUAUCUUCUUCUUAAGGAGGUACUGGUGCUGUUGGAACUUGUUUGAUGUCUCAAAGGUGUCUAGAUCAGGGAUUAUUACAGUAUUUGAACUGAAAAGAAAAUGUUUUGUUUUUGCAGGACCAUUGAUUGACAUUAUGUUACAAUUGCCAUCAAUUAAUGAUAAGUGUGGAUCUCAGAAUCUGCAACUGUCCCAGGGAUGUCCCUGUCUGUCCCAGGGAUGUCUCUGUCUGUCUCAGGGAUGUCCCUGCCUGUCCCAGGGAUGUCCCUGUCUGUCCCAGGGAUGUCCCUGUCUGUCUCAGGGAUGUCUCUGUCUGUCUCAGGGAUGUACCUGUCUGUCUCAGGGAUGUCUCUGUCUGUCUCAGGGAUGUCCCUGCCUGUCCCAGGGAUGUCCCUGUCUGUCCCAGGGAUGUCCAUGUCUGUCUCAGGGAUGUCCCUGUCUGUCCCAGGGAUGUACCUGUCUAUCUCAGAGAUGUCCCUGUCUGUCCCAGGGAUGUCCCUGUCUGUCUCAGGGAUGUCCCUGCCUGUCCCAGGGAUGUCGCUGUCUGUCUCAGGGAUGUCCCUAUCUGUCCUAGGGAUGUCUCUGUCUGUCUCAGGGAUGUCCCUGUCUGUCCCAGGGAUGUCCCUGUCUGUCCCAGAGAUGUACCUGUCUGUCUCAGAGAUGUCCCUAUCUGUCCCAGGGAUGUACCUGUCUGUCUCAGAGAUGUCCCUGUCUGUCCCAGGGAUGUACCUGUCUGUCCCAGAGAUGUCUCUGACUGUUUCAGGGAUGUCUCUGUCUGUCUCAGGGAUGUCUCUGACUGUCUCAGAGAUGUACCUGUCUGUCUCAGGGAUGUGUCGUCCUUUAGAGUGACAGCCGUGGGACGUGUCAUCCUUUAGAGUGACAGCCUUGGGACGUGUCGUCCUUUAGAGUGACAGCCGUGGGAUGUGUCAUCCUUUAGAGUGACAGCCAUGGGAUGUGUCGUCCUUGAGAGUGACAGCCUUGGGAUGUGUCGUCCUUUAGAGUGACAGUCGUGGGAUGUGUUGUCCUUGAGAGUGACAGCCGUGGGAUGUGUCGUCCUUGAGAGUGACAGCCUUGGGAUGUGUCAUCCUUUAGUGUGACAGCCGUGGGAUGUGUCAUCCUUUAGAGUGACAGCCAUGGGAUGUGUCGUCCUUUAGAGUGACAGCCGUGGGAUGUGUCGUCCUUUAGAGUGACAGCCGUGGGAUGUGUCGUCCUUUAGAGGGACAGCCAUGGGAUGUGUCGUCCUUUAGAGUGACAGCCAUGGGAUGUGUCGUCCUUUAGAGUGACAGCCGUGGGAUGUGUCGUCCUUUAGAGUGACAGCCGUGGGACGUGUCAUCCUUUAGAGUGACAGCCGUGGGAUGUGUCAUCCUUUAGAGUGACAGUCAUGGGAUGUGUCAUCCUUUAGAGUGACAGCCAUUGGAUGUGUCAUCCUUUAGAGUGACAACCGUGGGAUGUGUAAUAUCUUAAGGUUGACUUUAACAUUAUUGGGAUUAAAGGACUACAAUCUAUGAUUUUUUUUACAGGAAAAUAAAAGUAAUAAUGUAAAUGUAUUGUUAGAAUAUAUUUCUUACCUGUAUAUAGAAGGAAAUUGUUGGGACUAUCUACCUAAAAUGUAAGAAUGUCAUAUUGUUCUCAGUAUUACAUGUAGAAAAUCAAACUAUUCUCAGUAUUGUGUUAAUUGAUCAGUCACGACUAAUAAUGUACAAAAUUUAAGUUAUUCUCAGUAUUAAAUUGUGUUAAAUGAUGGUGCUCAACUGAAAAGUAGAAAAUCCAAACUAUUCUCAGUAUUAAAUUGUUUUAAAUGAUGGUACUCAACUGAAAAGUAGAAAAUCCAAACUAUUCUCAGUAUUAAAUUGUGUUAAAUGAUGGUACUCAACUGAAAAGUAGAAAAUCCAAACUAUUCUCAGUAUUAAAUUGUGUUAAAUGAUGGUAUUCGACUGAAAAGAAGAAAAUCCAAACUAUUCUCAGUAUUAAAUUGUGUUAAAUGAUGGUAUUCGACUGAAAAGAAGAAAAUCCAAACUAUUCUCAGUAUUAAAUUGUGUUAAGUGAUGCGACUCGACUGUAAAAGGUAGAAAACCCAGACUAUUUUCAGUAUUGCCCUGAGAUAAUUAUGAUGAUUCGUGGGGUAAUGUUUUAAUAAAUAUUAAAACUCCAUCGUGUUGUAAAACAGUACACUGUAUUUGGUCAAUUGUAUCAACACAAUGUGUUCAGACUUUAACAGAAAUGAAAUCCACAUAUAUACACUCGUCCUUGCCUGUCUGGUAGAACGACUCCUGAUUUCGGACUAUGAAUUAUCAGUGCACCCUUUCUUUGCUCAAGAAAUCCCACCAGAAAGAUCAGCGGUAAAUUGUAAGACUUUGAUUUGUAAAGGUUUUCAGUAAGAUUUUCAUUACUAUUAAAUCUGUAUUGCUGGAACUUAACAAUAUUUUAAAAAUAUAACUUGAUGUUAUUAAUGCUAUGACUUCAACCUGAUGAUGCUUUUGUGUCAUAUGUCUUUGUGGUGGAAGGUUAGAUUUAGGUGAUGGCCAUAAAUACAUUUAUAUGUAUAAUUCAUAAAGCUUACUUUUAUCAAUAUAUCUUUUUCAAAAUUUACAUUGUUUAAGUAUUGUAUUUUUAAUUAUUGUAUGAUAAUUAUUCACAAUAUUCAGCUAAUUUUGAUUGGUAAAAAUGGGAUUAGGCAUGAAUAUUGUUGAGUUCUUAGUAUUUAGAAUUAUGAUUGCAUCUCUAUAAUGUUCUUGAAGUAAAUCUUAACAGUAAGUUAUUUCAGUAUAGUCAGUCAAACAAGCUUAACAGUAAGUUAUUUCAGUAUGGUCAGUCAAACAAGCUUAACAGUAAACUAUUUCAGUAUGGUCAGUCAAACAAGCUUAACAGUAAACUAUUUCAGUAUGGUCAGUCAAACAAGCUUAACAGUAAACUGUUUCAGUAUAGUCAGUCAAACAAGCUUAACAGUAAACUAUUUCAGUAUAGUCAGUCAAACAAGCUUAACAGUAAACUAUUUCAGUAUGGUCAGUCAAACAAGCUUAACAGUAAACUAUUUCAGUAUAGUCAGUCAAACAAGCUUAACAGUAAACUAUUUCAGUAUGGUCAGUCAAACAAGCUUAACAGUAAACUAUUUCAGUAUGGUCAGUCAAACAAGCUUAACAGUAAACUAUUUCAGUAUGGUCAGUCAAACAAGCUUAACAGUAAACUAUUUCAGUAUGGUCAGUCAAACAAGCUUAACAGUAAACUAUUUCAGUAUAUAUGGUCAGUAAAACAAGCUUAACAGUAAACUAUUUCAGUAUGGUCAGUCAAACAAGCUUAACAGUAAACUAUUUCAGUAUAUAUGGUCAGUAAAACAAGCUUAACAGUAAACUAUUUCAGUAUGGUCAGUCAAACAAGCUUAACAGUAAACUAUUUCAGUAUGGUCAGUCAAACAAGCUUAACAGUAAACUAUUUCAGUAUAGUCAGUCAAACAAGCUUAACAGUAAGCUAUUUCAGUAUAGUCAGUCAAACAAGCUUAAGCUUAACAGUAAACUAUUUCAGUAUGGUCAGUCAAACAAGCUUAACAGUAAACUAUUUCAGUAUGGUCAGUCAAACAAGCUUAACAGUAAACUAUUUCAGUAUGGUCAGUCAAACAAGCUUAACAGUAAACUAUUUCAGUAUGGUCAGUCAAACAAGCUUAACAGUAAACUAUUUCAGUAUGGUCAGUCAAACAAGCUUAACAGUAAACUAUUUCAGUAUGGUCAGUCAAACAAGCUUAACAGUAAACUUUUCAGUAUGGUCAGUCAAACAAGCUUAACAGAAAAAAAUUUCAGUAUGGUCAGUCAAACAAGCUUAACAGUAAACUAUUUCAGUAUGGUCAGUCAAACAAGCUUAACAGUAAACUAUUUCAGUAUGGUCAGUCAAACAAGCUUAACAGUAAACUAUUUCAGUAUAGUCAGUCAAACAAGCUUAACAGUAAACUAUUUCAGUAUAGUCAGUCAAACAAGGGGAACAUCUCCAAGGCAUUUUCAUCUUCAUUUCAAAUAUAUAGAAAUAUUUAGAACGGUUGAAGUGAAAUUCAAAACAAAUCUUUGUUUCCUAAUCCAAAUUUUAGAAUUCUUGAGUUGUUCAGUAUAGAAAUAUUUUCAGAAUUUUUUUUUGUGAUUUUAACAUUUGAAUUCAAAUUUUGUGGAGUGAAAUUUAAAUUUCUAAAUAACUUUAUUUAUGUUCUGUAUAUAGAUACUGAACCUGGUUAUCCACAGGAAGGAUAUUAAAAUAAUGGUUCAUAAUGUAUAGAAGUGUUCUGAUCAUUAUAAGUUUCUCGCUGUUAAUUGGUUUAGACACUCAUCAAGAAUUUUAUACUGAUGGUGUAUUGCUUUUAAAUACUGAUUGGAUACAGAUUACGGUAUUAAUUGUUUUGUUUAACUAAAAAUGUUAAAUUCAUGGAUGCAUGAUUGAGAGAAGCUGCUAUUAUUAAGUAAUAUGAUUUGAUGCAAAACUCAAUUAAUAACUUAAUAAACUUGGCUUUAUGUAAUAUA